AUGUCUCAUCAUUCCAACGUCGCCUCUUCUGGAUACAAGCUCUUCAGCUCUUGUUCUGUAGCUUUACCUAAACAUUCCAGUUCUCACAGCAUUCUAUCCAAUUCUUCUAAACACAUAGGACAUGGACAAAAGUCUUAUCAUUGCUUUAGCAGCUCAAGUGCACAUAAUAUUGGAUCCAAGGGACAUAAGAUCUCUGUAGGAGGUCACAAAAGUGGACAUGGAUCUGGAUUUGGAGGUAUUGGUGGUGGUUAUGGAGGACAAUCCGGUUGUGGAGGCAUUACCCCUGUUACCAUGAAUGAAGGUCUUCUUGCUCCUCUUAACCUGGAAAUUGACACUAGCAUCCAGAGAGUGAGAAAUGAAGAGAAGAACCAAAUUAAAGGCCUCAACAAUAAGUUUGCUUCAUUUAUUGACAAGGUGAGAUUUCUGGAGCAGCAGAAUAAGAUGCUAGAGACUAAAUGGGCUUUUCUACAAGAACAAAGAACAGCCCAGUACCAGAUUGAACCCUUGUUUGAAUCUUUUAUCAACAACCUAAGAAGCCAACUAGAAAACCUGGAAUGUGAGAGGGCUCGUCUAGAUGCAGAGAGAAACAACAUGGAAAGAACUGUUGAAGAUCUAAGAAGAAGCUACGAAGAAGAGGUGAACAGGCGCACAGCGGCUGAGAAUCAGUUUGUUAGUAUAAAGAGAGAUGUCGAUGCUGCCUUCAUGAACAAAGCUGAACUUCAAACCAGGGCUGACUCCCUCACUGAUGAAAUUAACUUCCUAAGAACUCUAUAUGAUGCGGAGAUCAGUCAGCUCCAGGCUCAGAUCUCAGACACUUCUGUAGUUGUAUCCAUGGACAAUAGCCGAGACCUGGACCUGAACAGCAUCAUCUCUGAAGUCAGAGCUCAGUAUGAGGAUAUUGCUAACAGAAGCAGAGCUGAGGCUGAGGCCAUGUACCAGUCACGGUUUAAUGAGCUCAGUAUGGCAGCUGGAAGAAAUGGAAAUGAUCUGCAAAACAGCAGAAAUGAGAUCAGUGGACUCAAUCAAACAAUCCAGAAACUUAAAGGAGAGAUUGAAUGUGCAAAAUCCCAGCGUGCUGCGCUGGAAGAUGCCAUCAAUGAAGCUGAGGAACGUGGUGAAGCUGCUGUUCGUGAUGCCAAGAAUAAACUGGCUGAACUGGAGGCUGCUCUACAGAAGACCAAGCAGGACAUGGCUCGCCAACUGAGAGAAUACCAGGAACUGAUGAAUGUCAAACUAGCUUUGGAUAUUGAGAUUGCCACCUAUAAGAAAAUGCUGGAGGGAGAGGAAUGCAAGUGA